UUUGGGCCCAUUGUGAACCUGGGAGUAUAUAAGACAGGUGGAUUUUCAAUCCAGGAAAGCAUCAGCAUCCUUCACACCGAAGCUUCUGCACCAACAACAAACAAGCAAGACAAACUCAGGAGAUUUGUCAAACUGAAACCAUGCUCUCCACUCUACAGAAAAGCCUCAAAGCAGGCCAGGCUGUCAGAGGACUGCACAAGUCUGCAGUGGGAGUCUUGAAGCGCCCGACGCCUGAGGACACGGUCACGUCCAGUUUUGGAAAGUUCAUCAGUGAAAUCAAGCCCCAGCACCUGUCCCCCGUCGUGCUCCACCGCAGCAAAAGGAUGGUGCUGGACAGCAUCGGAGUGGGCCUGAUUGGAAGCACAACAGAGGUGUUCCAACUGGUCCUGCAGCACUGCCAGCACAUGUACGCUCCUGAUAACAUCAGCUUUGUGUAUGGACGCAGGGGCACCAAGCUCUCCCCAACACUGGCUUCCUUUGUUAAUGGAGUGGCGACUCACUCCAUGGACUUUGAUGACACCUGGCACCCGGCGACCCACCCCUCAGGAGCUGUGCUCCCCGCUGUGCUAGCCCUCAGUGACAUGAUCCCAGCUCACAGCAAACCCAGUGGACUGGACUUCCUCCUGGCCUUUAAUGUGGGGGUCGAGAUCCAGGGUCGCCUGAUGAGGUUCUCCAACGAAGCUCACAACAUUCCGAAGAGGUUUCACCCUCCCAGUGUCGUGGGCACCAUGGGGAGUGCUGCAGCCUGUGCUCGUCUUUUGUCACUGGAUCCCUCUCAGUGCAGUCAUGCCUUGUCUAUUGCUGCUUCCCUAGCUGGCGCCCCAAUGGCGAAUGCCGCCACUCAGUCCAAACCCCUUCACAUUGGCAACGCUUCUCGCUUAGGGCUUGAAGCUGCUCUGCUGGCCUCCAGAGGCCUUGAGGCCAGUCCUUUAGUCCUGGAUUCCGUUGAAGGGGUGGCGGGCUUUAGUGCUUUUUAUGAAGAUUAUGUCCCACAGCCUUUGGAGUCACCCUCUGAUAAUGGCCACGUGUUCCUGCUGGAGGAGCAGGACAUGGGCUUCAAGCGUUUCCCUGCACAUUUGGGGAUGCACUGGGUGGUCGACGCUGCAGCCUCAGUUCAUGAGGUUCUAGUAGGGGUCGAUGCUGGGAAGGUCUCCCCAUCCCAGGUCCAAGACAUCCUUCUCAGAGUCCCCAAAUCGAAAUACAUCAACAGGCCUUUUCCUGAGUCUGAGCAUGAGGCGCGUCACUCGUUUCAGUUUAACGCCUGCAGUGCCCUUCUGGACGGAGAGGUGACCGUGCAGAGCUUCAGCGAAGCCGCCAUGAACCGCCCGGAGCUGCUGGCCCUGCUGAGCCGCGUUCGGCUGGAGCAUCCGCACGACAACCCCGCCAACUUCAACCUCAUGUACGGUGAAGUCCAGGUCACGCUCGCCGGGGGGGACAUCCUGAAGGGCCGCUGUGACACGUUCUACGGUCACUGGCGCAACCCGCUGACCAACGAGAGCCUGAGAAAGAAGUUCCGGUACAACGCCGGGGCGGUGCUGCCGUCAGAGAGGGUGGAGCAGCUGAUUGAGGUGGUAGAAGACCUGGACAGACACGAAAACUGCAGGGUCCUCCUGUCACAACUGCAAUAAAAACCAGCGCGAGAAAGUAAAACGUACUGAUGUAAAAAUGUGGGUUGAAAUGUUUACUGUCGCAGAUGUGUUACUGUUAUAAGAAUGGAACCAAUGCUAUGCUAUAUUUUUGAUCAAAUCUGUAAUAUUAUGCAAUUACAAAGAUUUAUAGAUAUAUAUCGCUCUAUAUUAGCAUAUAUAUUUUGUAGUUGUUUAUCUUCUUUUAUUGGAUUGCAUUUAAUUGUAAAAAGACGGGGGUUGGUGCAAACUACUGUUUUGUUUUGUCUAUUUUUGUUACUUAGAUGUCACUCAGAUAUAUGAUGUUAUCCAAAUGAAGUUGUAUAUUUUUAUUGGUUUAUGUGACUAUUUUAGCACUGUUGG